CGCAGCCGGUCCCUCUUGCUUGUCCCCCACUGGCCUUUGCUCUGUCUCGGCCCCGCGCGCAGCCCUCGGCCGGCCGGAAUCGCUGCUCCGCGGUCGCCUCCCUCGCAGCGCCGCGCGCCGGCUCGAUAUGUGAAGCAGCCGCCGGUCCGCUAGCAACAGGCGCCGCCAUUUUGGAUGCGGGGGACUGUCAGGAUGGUGGAUAAGAAUAUUUACAUUGUCCAAGGUGAAAUCAAUACAGUGGUGGGUGCCAUAAAACGCAAUGCUCGAUGGAAUACUCACACGCAUUUGGAUGAAGAACGGGAUCCUCUGCUGCACAGCUUCAGUUUAUUGAAAGAAGUGCUAAAUAACAUAACCGAGCUUUCGGAAAUUGAACCCAAUGUCUUUCUCCGACCCUUCCUGGAAGUAAUCCGUUCUGAAGACACUACAGGUCCCAUCACUGGGUUGGCCCUGACAUCUGUGAACAAGUUCCUCUCAUACGCAUUAAUAGAUCCCAGCCAUGAGGGCACAGCUGAGGGAAUGGAGAACAUGGCGGACGCCGUCACGCAUGCCCGAUUUGUGGGCACGGAUCCGGCAAGCGAUGAGGUUGUCUUGAUGAAAAUCCUGCAGGUUUUGAGGACCCUGCUGCUCACUCCAGUGGGAGCCCAUCUCACCAAUGAGUCAGUGUGUGAGAUCAUGCAGUCCUGCUUCCGUAUAUGUUUUGAAAUGAGGCUCAGCGAGUUAUUGAGAAAAUCUGCAGAGCACACUCUGGUCGACAUGGUGCAGCUGCUCUUCACAAGAUUGCCUCACUUUAAGGAAGAGCCUAAAAGCUAUGUGGGGGCUAACAUGAAGAAGCUGAAAAUGAGAGCAGGAGGAAUGAGUGAUUCAUCUAAAUGGAAAAAACAGAAGAGAUCCCCAAGGCCCCCUCGCCAUGCAACCAAGGUCUCUCCAGGGACAGAGCAACCAGCCACCAAUGGUACUGUUAUGCCCAGUAACAUCACAGAUGGAGUUACUUUUAUUGAUGCUCCUUCUCCCAUCUCAUCUGGAAAUUCAGAAAACACCUCCUCUGCAGUCAGUCCUGCUACAGACAGUGGCUUGGAGUUGUCCUCCCAAACCACCUCCAAGGAAGAUCUUACAGACUUGGACCAGGUCAACUCUCUGGGAUUUAGUGCAGCAAUACCUUCAAGUGAGCCCAGUGCCACUGAGCAUCCACACCAGCCUGAACCCCAGAAUGAAGGUCUCAGGGUGGAGAAGACCCAGUCAGCCUCAGUAGAGUCUAUCCCAGAGGUGCUAGAAGAGUGCACAUCUGUGACAGAACAUUCUGACUCUGCCUCUGUUCAUGACAUGGACUAUGUCAAUCCCCGAGGAGUACGUUUUACACAGUCCUCCCAAAAAGAAGGAAUAGCGCUGGUCCCCUACGGCCUGCCUUGUAUCCGAGAGCUGUUCCGCUUCCUCAUCUCCCUCACUAAUCCACAUGACCGCCACAACUCGGAGGUGAUGAUCCACAUGGGGCUGCAGCUGCUCACUGUUGCUCUGGAGUCUGCCCCUGUUGCAAACUGCCAGUCUCUGCUGGGGCUUUUGAAAGAUGAGUUGUGCCGGCACCUUUUUCAACUGCUGAGUGUGGAGCGGCUCAAUCUGUAUGCAGCCUCCCUCAGGGUAUGCUUCCUUCUCUUCGAGAGCAUGAGAGAGCACCUGAAGUUCCAACUGGAGAUGUACAUAAAGAAGCUGAUGGAGAUCAUCACUGUGGAGAACCCCAAGAUGCCCUAUGAGAUGAAGGAGAUGGCCCUGGAGGCCAUUGUUCAGCUGUGGAGAAUCCCCAGCUUUGUCACUGAGCUUUAUAUAAACUAUGACUGUGACUACUACUGCUCUAACCUCUUUGAGGACCUCACCAAACUGCUCUCCAAGAAUGCCUUUCCAGUUUCUGGACAACUUUACACUACUCACCUGCUGUCUCUUGAAGCAUUGCUGACAGUGAUUGAUAGCACUGAAGCACACUGCCAAGCCAAAGUGCUGAGCAACAUCCACCAACAGGAGAAGGAAGUGGUCAAACCCAGCACAGAAACUGCCAGUAGCACCAAAGAACCAAGCAACAACAAUGAGAGAGUGCUGAGUGAAGGGAAACCUCCCAGUGUGGUCACGGAGCUGUCCGGGGCAUGCCCGCCCACCAGUGGGUGUCUUAUGGCUGACCAGAUGAAGCAGGGCUGCCAGGAUUUGGAGGGAGGAAGUGAUGCAGCUGAGAAGAACAUCCCCAGGAAGCCUACUCGGUUUUCCUGCCUCCUGCCCAGAACUCAGGAACUGAUGGAAAUUAAGAGCAAAAAGAAGCUCCUGAUAACUGGCACAGAGCAGUUCAACCAGAAGCCAAGGAAAGGGAUACAGUUUCUGCAGGAGAAGAACCUUCUGGCCAUCCCCAUGGACAACAAUGAGGUGGCCCAGUGGCUGCGAGAAAAUCCUCGGCUAGACAAGAAGAUGAUUGGGGAGUUUGUGAGUGACCGUAAGAACAUAGACUUGCUGGAGAGCUUUGUGGGGACUUUCAAUUUCCAAGGCUUAAGACUGGAUGAAGCAUUACGGCUUUACCUAGAAGCAUUUCGCUUACCAGGAGAGGCGCCGGUGAUUCAUAGGCUAUUGGAAGCCUUCACAGAACAUUGGCGGAAAUCAAAUGGCUCUCCAUUUGCUAAUAGUGACGCCUGCUUUGCCCUGGCCUACGCAGUUAUUAUGCUGAACACUGACCAGCAUAACCAUAAUGUCCGCAAGCAGAAUGUUCCAAUGACCCUAGAGGAAUUCCGGAAGAACUUGAAGGGGGUGAAUGGAGGCAAAGACUUUGAACAGGACAUACUGGAGGACAUGUACCAUGCCAUCAAAAAUGACGAAAUAGUGAUGCCAGAAGAGCAGACGGGCCUGGUGAAGGAAAACUACAUAUGGAAUGUACUGCUGCAUCGUGGUGCCACUGAUGAAGGCAUCUUCCUGCACGUGCCUCCUGGAAGCUACGAUCAUGAUCUCUUCACCAUGACUUGGGGCCCCACCAUUGCAGCCCUAUCCUACGUUUUUGACAAGAGCUUAGAUGAAACAAUCAUCCAGAAGGCUAUCUCUGGCUUCAGGAAAUGUGCAAUGAUUUCUGCACACUAUGGCCUGAGUGAUGUGUUUGACAAUCUCAUAAUUUCUCUCUGCAAGUUUACUGCCCUCAGCAGCGAGUCUAUCGAGAAUUUGCCCAGUGUUUUUGGAAGUAAUCCCAAGGCCCACAUCGCAGCAAAGACUGUGUUUCACUUGGCACAUCGCCAUGGCGACAUUCUGCGGGAGGGCUGGAAAAACAUCAUGGAGGCCAUGCUGCAGCUUUUCCGAGCAGAGCUGCUGCCCAAGGCCAUGGUGGAGGUUGAAGACUUUGUGGAUCCCAAUGGCAAGAUCUCUCUGCAGCGGGAAGAGACCCCAUCUAACCGCGGUGAAUCCACAGUGCUGAGCUUUGUUAGCUGGCUCACCCUCAGCGGUACAGAACAAUCUGGUAUGAGGGGGCCAUCUACAGAGAACCAGGAGGCAAAGCGAAUGGCUCUGGAGUGCAUCAAGCAAUGUGACCCCGAGAAGCUGAUCACUGAAAGCAAGUUCCUCCAGCUGGAGUCCCUCCAGGAGCUCAUGAAGGCUCUGAUCUCCGUAACUCCUGAUGAGGAGACAUAUGAUGAGGAGGACGCUGCUUUCUGCUUGGAGAUGCUGCUGAGGAUUGUGCUGGAGAAUAGGGACCGUGUGGGAUGUGUCUGGCAGGCAGUGCGAGACCACCUCUAUCACCUGUGCGUCCAUGCUCUGGAGUUCUGCUUCCUAGUGGAAAGAGCGGUGGUAGGGCUGCUCAGGCUGGCCAUUCGGCUCCUGCGCCGGGAGGAGAUCAGUGCCCAGGUUCUCCUCUCGCUCCGUAUCCUGCUAAUGAUGAAGCCCAGCAUGCUGUCCAGAGUUAGCCACCAGGUUGCCUAUGGCCUCCACGAGCUCCUGAAGACCAAUGCUGCUAACAUCCACUCCGGGGAUGACUGGUACACACUCUUCACCCUCCUGGAGUGUAUCGGGUCAGGGGUGAAACCGCCCCCAGCCCUGCAGGUUACAGCAAGGGCAGAUAAUGACACAGGUGCUCAGUCUGACAGUGAGAUCUCCUUGUCCUACCACCCGAGUGAUGUCAGCCUGGACCGUGGCUACACCUCUGAUUCUGAGGUAUAUGCUGAUCACAGCAAGCAAGGCAAGAUGCAUCGCUCCGUGACUGACGUGGAUGUGGUGAACAGCGGCUGGCUGGUGGUUGGCAAGGACGACAUUGACAGCCCCAAACCCAUGGCUGGGCUCAGCAGGCAGGGUCCAUCUCCUCUCGUGAACCAGUAUAGCCUGACUGUGGGUCUGGACCUGGGCCCACACGACACCAAAUCUCUCAUGAAGUGCGUGGAGUCCCUGUCCUUCAUUGUGCGAGAUGCUGCUCAUGUCACUCCAGAGAACUUCGAGCUCUGCGUCAAAACCAUCCGCAUCUUUGUAGAGGCGAGUUUGAAUGGAGGGUACAAGUCCCAGGAGAAGCGGGCGAAGAGCCAUAAGUAUGACGGUAAAGCCAACCGGUUCAAGAAGAAGCCAAAAGAGAACUCGCUGAGGCGCUCGCGGGCCUCGAGCCAGCACCAGAGCCACUCCCACAGCGAUGAGGAGGAUGACGAGAGUGUUCCGGCCAGCUACCACACUGUGUCUUUACAGUUGCUGGACCUCAUGCACACCCUCCACACACGAGCUGCCACCAUCUACAGCUCCUGGGCAGAGGAGCAGCGCCACCUGGAGGCCGCAGGGAAGAAAAUCGAAGCAGACUCUCAAACACUGUGGUCCAACUGCUGGUGCCCCUUGCUGCAGGGUAUCGCCUGGCUGUGCUGUGAUGCCCGGCGCCAGGUGCGGAUGCAGGCGCUCACCUACCUGCAGCGGGCUCUCCUUGUGCAUGACCUGCAGGCGCUGGAUGCUCUGGAGUGGGAGUCCUGCUUCAAUAAGGUGCUGUUCCCUCUGCUGACCAAACUGCUGGAGAACGUCAGUCCAGCUGAUGUUGGUGGGAUGGAAGAGACCAGAAUGAGAGCCUCGACACUGCUCUCCAAGGUGUUCCUGCAGCAUCUCUCCCCGCUGCUCUCCUUGACAACGUUCGCUGCUCUGUGGCUGACGAUCCUGGACUUCAUGGACAAAUACAUGCAUGCAGGCUCCAGCGACUUACUGCUAGAGGCCAUCCCAGAGUCUCUGAAGAACAUGCUGCUUGUGAUGGACACGGCUGGAAUAUUCCACAGUGCUGAUUCACGCACAGGGUACUCGGACCUCUGGGAGAUCACUUGGGAGCGGAUAGAUUGCUUCCUGCCCAGACUGCGUGAUGAGCUCUUCAAACAGACAGUCAUCCAGGAACCUGUCCCCAGUGUGCCAACAGAGCCACAUCCUCAGAAACCAGUGGCCCCUGCCCUGCCUGCUUCUGCCGCCCACCUAGCACCCUUGGAGAAGUCCUCUGAGCUGGGUGCCAGUGGUGAGUCUCCUGGUUACUUGGGAGAGGGUUUAAUACAAAGAAUUGUUCUCUUCAUUCCUUUCACAGGCUCUGAAAGAGCCCCAGGCCCCGGCCCAGCCAUCAGAGGCGCCUCUGGCUCCCCUCUCUCUGCGGUGGCAUCAGUGAAGAUGAGCCCCGUCACAGAUGUACCUCCUCAUAUGGCGCAGUCACCACUGAUCCUGCAGCCUCUCGCCUCCCCCCUGCAGGUCGGGGUGCCGCCUAUGACUCUGCCAAUCAUUCUCAACCCUGCCCUGAUUGAGGCCACUUCCCCAGUUCCCCUCCUGGCCACUGCACGGCCCACCGAUCCCAUGACAACCUCUGAAGUCAACUAGAGUGAGGGGGCUCGAGGAUGGCUUGCUGAGGAAGUGCUGCAGGUGGAGGACACCGGCUAGAUCCUCCCUGGUAGUUGCCACCUUUACUGUAGAGGAUGGUAACUUGAGCAGAAGGGCAGCAGGGUGUUUGGCAGGGCAACUGCUAAAAUCUCCCUGGAGCGUGUCGGCCUCUGCUCCCUUCUCAUGGCUACUGCUCAGGAGUCACUGGCUCCCUUCCUUGGAGGGGGAGCUCAGUGCCACUGACCACCACUGACCACCUCCUUGCCUUUGCAAUCUCAGGGGCCAGGCAGCCACCUUUACCCAGCAGCCUGUGACCAAGCCACUGCUGUUAGCAGGUGAAGAGGGAAGCUCCGUGCUGUGGGAGCAGAGAGGCCUGGGUUCCUGGGAUCCCUCUGAUCAUUCAGUCCAGCUGGUUCAUCCUCCAUGUCCACUGUCCUCGGCACUAGUUCUUGGUGCAGGCCCUGGGCAUCCCCAUGCAGCAGGGGUUUGGCUUUCGUUCCUCUCCCCAGAAACAUACAGCCCCCUCAGUGUGGCUCUGAGCUUGCUGGCCAUGGUGUGCAGGCUGCGCUUUCCUGGCUCCGGACUGCAGCGUAUCACCAAGCUCCCCCCAGCCCAAUGGCGAGAGGGCGCGAGUGGGCACCCCUGGCGAGACCAACUCUACCCCCUCCCUCUGGGUCUGAGCGACACGCUAAGGCCUUUCUGGGAGGAGGGAGAGAAUCCAACCAGUGUUAGCUAUUGGGCAGACUAGAUGGAAGCCAGCAGCUGAAAGCAGCCCCAGCAAUGCCUCUCCCACAGCAGCUCUUGGGGAGCAACUCCCCAUGAAAUGAACAGCAUCCUCCUGCCUAGACACUACACUGGCCCCUUCCUAUUUCCAGCCGCAGGUGCUCUCUUCUCCAGCCGUCGGGCCUGCAUGCUCCUUAGCUUGAGAGAGGAGCUGGCUGCUGCUUGUCAAGUCCCACCGUGGGCGUUGGGGUGCUCAGCUUCCCUCCUUCCCUGCCCCCAAAGCUCCAGCAGCUCAGCAAAGCCCUGGCAGCAUUGCACUUUGCUUCUCCCCUACGCUGUGGAUGCCGGUACCUUCUCUGCCAUCCCUUCCCGAAGCGGAGCGAGCCAGCUGGAAUGUACCAUAUCUCAGUUCUUCCUGUUUUCUGAACUAGUUUUAUAAAUUCUCCAGGCUGAUUGCAGAAAUCCCAUUGGAAACGGGGAGCAACUCAGAGCCAGCGUGUUCUGUACUCAGAGGAAACCCAGAGCCGCAGGGGAUAGACAAUGUACAUAAGGAAUAAAUGGCUGGGAAUCCAAUGGACUUUUUACAGUGUAAUAAAUGUCCUGUAAAUGAA